CGGUCUCUAACAGAAUUUACAUUGUUUCUGAAGAAUCUUAACAAAACGAACAAAGUGGAUACAUAUUUUGUGUGCAUUAAAUCUAGGGUUUAUGUGAAACAAUCAUAUUGAUUUAGUUGUAUGAUCAUAUGUCUUCUGCUGAAGGAGAGAGCUCGCAGUCGCAGCAGCCGACGAAUGGACCCAGAGUUCGAACUAGACCCGACCCGUUUCUCAUUACCUGUCGUUGCUUCAGCUUUAUUACUUGUCUUGCUUCAAUUCUUUGCAUCAUUGUCAAUGUUCUCUCCGCUGUUCGAUCUUUUAAGAACAAUUCCGAUCUAUUUGAUGGAAUUUUCCGGUGUUACGCCGUUGUGAUUGCUAUUAUUGUGGUUGUUGCUGAGACAGAAUGGGAAGUGGUUAUGAGGUUUUCGAAGGUAUUGGAAUAUUGGGUUGGCAGGGGUAUGCUGCAGAUCUUUGUUGCUGUGAUGACCAGAGCUUUUCCUGAAAUUUCCACCAAUAGGAAAGACCUUCUUCUUCUCCAGAAUGUUGCUAGCUACAUGCUCCUUGCUUGCGGUGUAGUUUAUGUUGUAUCAGGACUCCUCUGCAUUGGACAUCUUAAACGUGCUCGUCAGAAAAAGGAAGUGUCAGCAGAACAAGCUAUAAAAGAUCUGGAAGAACUGGAACGCCGUAGAGAAGAACUUGAAGCACUAUUAAUUGUAGAAAGGGCUGCGUGAUUGACUGGACAUUGCAUCACAGCCUGCUGUUGUUACUAGCACUAGAGUCGAUGAGUGUGAUAACAGGCGUAUAUUGCUAAUAAUCAUGUUCUUCAUGGUAGUCUCUCCGAACAAUACGCAUUAACGUACUACUGUUAUUGUGACACCAUUCUCUCUUUACAACUGCUUUCGUUUUGGUCUGAGAUUUGAACAUCGAAUUUGGCUCCAACAACAGAUCUGCUUGGACUUGUUUGCACACUUGCCUCUUUGUUUGCUUUGCUAGCUUCUUGAACUGGAUAUAUGCGAACUUUCACAAAAUAGCCCGACUCAGUGACUCUUGCUGCUUUUUAUAUUCACUAGCCUUGUAAGACAUGUGCAUCCUUGCUAAUGCAAAACGGAUUAUUUGCCCUCCACAUCAUAUAUAGAUCUUGUAUAAGUUGUCAGUUCCUCAUAUGCGUAUGAAGUGCAUUGGAGAUUUCAAUGCACAUAUGUACAUGCUACUCAAUCAAAUAAAUGUCAUUGUGGUGCUUUACCUUUA